AUAUUGUCUAACUUACACUGGAAACUAAAAGCUACAACUGAACUGUCCAUUCCACCUUAAAUUCAGUGCAAGACUAUUGCACUGAUUAAGGUGGAACUAUUAAUUCGAGCGAGAAGCAAAAACUUCCUGAAGCUAAAGCGGUUUAAUAUCGGAGUUAAGACAGCGCACCGGUGACGCGUCCGGCCGAUGACGCAUCGCCAGUGUCGUCCUGCGUGCGCGCCUCCGCCUCCACCUCCUGUUGUGUGCGUGCGCGCGCCCGCUGGGUGAAGAUGGCGGAGCGGGAUAGCAGGAGCUGAUAAAGGAGCGCUGCGGAGAGAGCGGAGAAAAACACGGAGAACCGGAGGACCCACACCGCACGGCAGCAUGUCCCGGUCCUCCGACAGCGAGGAUGGCUGCUUCGUUGACAUGGACACAGAGGACAGUGGGGUCACACUAGCGGGUCACGCCGAGGACCAGGCUGUGGAGAUGAAAUCGGGCAGCGUCACCGGAGAGAUAAGCGCAGACGGCGAGCAGCACCUCGGGAGAGGCAGCCAGAGAGCCAUGGCUGAGCUGCCAGAGGAGGUUCUGGAGUACAUCCUGUCUUUCCUUUCCCCAUAUCAGGAGCACAAGACUGCUGCCCUGGUGUGCAAACUGUGGUAUCGCCUCAUCAAAGGUGUAGCAUAUCAGUGUUACCACGGUUUCCUGAGAGCCGUGCAGGAAGGAAACAUCCAGUGGGAGAGUCGCACCUACCCGUAUCCAGGGACGCCCAUCACCCAGCGCUUCUCACACAGUGCGUGCUAUUACGAUUCCAACCAGUCUAUGUAUGUGUUUGGCGGCUGCACUCAAAGCAGCUGUAACGCGGCUUUUAAUGACCUGUGGAGGCUCGAUCUGAACAGCAAGGAGUGGAUUCGACCACUGGCUUCAGGAUCUUACCCCUCCCCUAAAGCCGGAGCAACGUUAGUCAUGUACAAAGACCUGCUGGUGCUGUUCGGCGGCUGGACCCGGCCCAGCCCGUACCCCCUGCAUCAGCCCGAGCGGUUCUUCGACGAGAUCCACACCUACUCGCCCUCCAAAAACUGGUGGAACUGCAUCGUAACCACUCAUGGUCCUCCCCCCAUGGCCGGCCACUCCUCCUCUGUCAUUAACAACAACAUGAUUGUGUUCGGAGGCUCUCUCGGAGCUCGCCAAAUGAGUAAUGAAGUAUGGGUAUUGGAUUUAGAACAGUGGUCCUGGUCUAAACCCACAAUUAAAGGCCCGUCCCCUCACCCCCGCGGAGGCCAAUCACAGAUUGUUAUAGAUGAUGAUACGCUGCUUAUUCUGGGAGGCUGCGGAGGUCCUAAUGCGCUGCUGAAGGAUGCCUGGCUGCUGCACAUGGGCGCCCCCACAUGGUCAUGGCAGCAACUGAGAGUAGAGAAUGAAGAGCAUGGAGCUCCAGAGCUGUGGUGCCACCCAGCCUGCAGGGUUGGUCAGUGUGUGGUGGUCUUCUCUCAGGCCCCCUCAGGUCGAGCCCCUCUGAGCCCGAGCCUUAACUCACGCCCCUCUCCGAUCAGUGCCACCCCCGCCCCCCUGGGCCCGGACCCUCCCUCCCUGCGCUCGCAGUCUCCGGUCCGCAGCGGCAGUAGCGGAGCUGCCGCCCUGGUGCUGGGCUCCGCCGAGGAGGCGCCCUGCGUCAACGGCCGCUGGGGGACUCUUCGGCCACGCCCACGGGGCGGAGUCAGAGACGGAAGCCCCUCCUCCUCCUCCUCCUCCCAGCAGCCGUCUCCGUUACAGGCCCCGGACAGCCCCCCUCUCCCUCCCCUGCUGAACGGCUCCUCCCCCUCCCCUCGCACAAGCCCCUCCCAGGCUGCGUCUCCGCCCUCCAGGCUGCACGGGAACGCCCACUUACCUACAGACUACGGCUGGGAGUCCCCGCCCCCUUCUUCUUCAUCUUCUUUAUCAUCAUCCUCUGCGAUUCCUUUCGACCAUCCGAGCACAAACGGGCUGCACACACCUCCCCGAACUCCACCCGGAGCCGUCUCGCCCGCUGCUCUCCGCAGAGGCCUCGAAGCCGUCAAAGCCCUUUCCUCCUCCUCCUCUUCAUCACCAUCAUCUUCCUCCUCAUCCUCCCUCCCAUCCUCCUCAUCCUCUCUAGCCCAGCCUGGUGGAAACGCCGCCUUAAAAGCCCUCUCUUCCUCCUGUCCGCUGUCGUCUUCGCCCUCCUCUUCCUCAGCAGCCCAGCCUGGAGCAAGCUCCACCCCCAGCAGCACUCCUCCCGCCCCCUCGUCCUCCUCCAGCCCUCCUUCGCAGGCCGCAGCCGCUGACGGACAUUCCAUUCCACCAAUAGCGCGCCGCCUCGGCCACCACCCGCCCCAGAGCCUCAACGUGGGCAAGCCGCUCUACCAGUCCCUCAACUGCAAGCCCAUGCAGAUGUACGUUCUGGACAUUUCCCGCGCCAAAACGGACGCCGUGGUCUCCUGGAGGGUUUACGGAAGCGGCGGGGCCCCCAGCGCCGUCACCGGGCCCCCGGAAACCAGCCUGCACACCGUGGUCCAGGGCCGCGGCGAGCUGAUCAUCUUCGGGGGCUUGAUGGACAAAAAGCAGAACGUAAAGUACUACCCCAAAACCAACGCCUUGUACUUUGUGCGUGCUAAAAGGUAGUGAGCUUCAGCCGAGCGGAACGCGCACAGUGUGAGCAGUAGCCUAUGAACUGGCCAUCCUUUCGGACGGACCCUGCGCUCUGGCCUACCGAACAUGACCUGCCUUCAGCUGGGGAGCGAAACGAAGCGAGGAGAGAGAGAGAGAGAGAGAGAGAGAAGAGGAUACAAGACAAAAAAAAAAAAGUUUUGCUAACGUCUGUCGUUCGCCUCUUUCCCGACACUAAGCUCCUCCUCCGCUCUCCCAGUUUGCGUAACUAUGGUUAACUAAGGAAAUAAACAUUUCAACACAUUUAAAGGACACUCGUUUGGUGUUGUAUGACUGACAUACCCGACCUCGGCUCCCUGUGUGUGCUGGUGUGUCUGUAAUUGAUUGUGUGUGUGUGUAUGAUUAAUUGAUUGAUUGAUUGAUUGAUUGUGUGUGUGAUUGUGUGUGUUUGAGGUGGGAGGAGAGAAAAUGAAGGGAACGUUUCUCAGUUUCUUGUGCAUCGUCCAAGGAAGCGCCCAGGAAACGGAGCGGCGGACGACUACCUUGCUUUUAUAUCUCACUUCCUGCCUGCAUUGUUUACAGUGUGUGUGCGUGUGUGUGAGACAGACAUAAUGUGAUGCAUGUGUCUGUGAUUGAAGUGAGAAGUGUGUGUGUGUGUGUGUGUGUGUGUGGUUGAUGUUUGGGAAGGGAUUUGAAGGGUAUGGUCUAUUGCAGUGUACUCUAAACAAAGUAAAACAAUAAAGGCCUCCAUGUCUUAACUCUC